AUGGACGUAGACGUCGAUGCGACCUUCCCUGCGGUGCUGCGCCGCCAGGCGGAGGUGCUCAGCGACGCGCCUUUCAUGCGUGUCUGGGCGCGCGGCGAGGGUCAGGUCUGCAGCUUCUCCUUUCGCAGCUUUGAGCUGCGCGUGGCCAUCGCGAGAGGUGCACUCGCGGCGCACGGUGUGGCAAGGGGCCAGCGGGUGGCUCUGCUCUCGCACUACACGCCCCAGUUUGCGAUUUAUUCGCUCGCCGUGAUGUGCCUUGGUGGCGUGAGCGUCCACCUCAACUGGCGGCAGCCUGAGCACGUCAUGACGAUCAUGGCCCAGAUGAGCAACUGUCAGUGGCUCGUGGCCUCGUCGCGACUCGCCAAGGAGGCGUCCACGGUGGCUCACACCGUCGGGAAGCAGCUCCGAGCGCUGCUGUGGCUGCAGCAAACCUCGCUUGCGGGCCAGGCUCGAGAGGUGCUCCCGCAGGUGGACCAGCCGACGCCGCCGAGGGAGCAGGCUGUGCCCGCGUACCCUGAUCUGCUGCCCGAUGACGAGGCGCUGGUCAUGUUCACGUCGGGCUCGACGAGCACGCCCAAGGCGGCGCCGCUCACGCACCGCGGCCUCAUCUGGACGUGCCGGGCCAGGCUGCGGGGUGCGCCCUCCGAGGCGUACCACAUCGGGGCGGGGACAGUCUCGCUGCUGCCAAACUUCCACGUCAUCGGCUUCUCCAACAACCUGCUCUUCAACCUCACUGCCGGCAUGUGGUGUGCCGUGGACCGCGACGCGGGAUCCAUGCCGUUGCAGCCGGCGGCGCUGCUCGAAGCGUGCGCGCGGCUUCAGCCGACCGUGCUCGACUCGGUGCCGUGGAUGGUGGAGGAGAUGCUGCAGCUGCUGGAGCGUGGUGAGGCGCCACGAAACUGCCUCUCCUCCCUCCACCAUAUCCUCGCCGGCGGCUGCGCCCUCAACGAGCCGCUGCUCCGCCCGCUGCUCGAGCGGCACGGCGUCAGAGUGUGGCCCCACUACGGCCAGACAGAGGUGGGGGGCGCGGCCCUGGUGGGCGGUCUUCCGGGCAGUCUGAGAGCAAUGCAGCCGCUCCGAGGGGUACGCUACGUGCUCGUUGACCAAGACGGCGCCGAACGGAGCGACGAGGGCGAGCUCGUCCUCCUCGGCAUGCGCUCAGCCACCGCCGGUUACUUGGGCGGAUCCUCAGGGCGCAACCUGACUGGCCGGCACGGGGGUCGCACGGUCGACGGGGGUCGCACGGUCGACCGUUACCACACGGGAGACAUCUUUCGCACGGUCAAACCGAUGGAUGAAUUGGCGAAAGGCCAAGAGUGGCUCGAGCACGUGUGCCGGCGGGACGACCUCCUCGUGCACACGAGUGGCGAGAUGACCAACCCGUUGCCGCUGGAGGCGGAGCUGCUGCACCGGCUCGCGCGGUGCGGCGAGCCGGUGGCAGCGCUCUGCGUCGUCGGCCAGCAGCAGCCGCGGCCGUUCCUGGUCGUGCAGUACGAUGACGCGCUCCCUCCCCUCGCCGGGGCAAGCGCAAGCGCGAUUGCCGCCGCCGUCAAGGGAGGCAUGUCGGCCGAGAGCCUCAUGGAGGGGCGGAUGCGCCGCCGAGUCCGGCAGGCAGCGCAGCGCGCGGCAAUAAUAUUGCAGCUCCCCGAGGUGAACCUCAGCCUCCCACAGUGGUCGCAAAUGCACGAGCGCUACACGUUUUUCAUCGACAGUUCAGAGCCGCCGCUGCCAACCUCUGCAAAGGGCAACGUGCUGCGCGCGCAGGUGGAGACGCGGUUCAGGGAGGCGAUGAUCUUGCGCAUGACGCUCCCUCCGCCGAGGGGUCUUCUCCGGUCGGACGAGGGGGACGACGAGGGGUCAGACGUUGGCGACAUGGAGUCGGGUGAGAUGGACUCGCUCGCAAUGGUUCGCGCCCGCCCUGGCAGGAUGCAGUCGCCACUGCUCGGCCGGGCCUUCGUCAAUGGGCGCGGCGAGCAAGAGCAGGAGCCAGCCAUCCAGGCGGCUGUCGCUCGCGGUCACAUGUACUUCGUUGCUACGUUACACGUACUCUUGCACCAUUGGGCCUAUUACGUCAGCCCGCAGCCGCUGUGGCGAAGCGCGGUGGCGCCGCAGCCCCGCCAAGUGCACCUCCACCACGCGCACGGCGGGCCUGCGUCUCCCGAGCACAACCCGCUCAUCACCUUUCUGCACGAUGCUACUUACCCUCUUGCCAUGCCGGCCUUCCUCGCCAUGCUCGGGAUGUGGGUCCCCAACCGCCCGCCGCCGACGAUGCUGCGCAUCACGGGACGCCUCCUCUUCCUCGGCCUCGUUUCGUUCUACUUGGUCGCCCCCGCCACCCUCGCUCUCGAGCGGAGAGUGCUACUCGCUGAGGCAGCCAGCUGGGACAGCUCGCCGUCCCUGGCAGAGUACAGGCUCAACAAGACCUACUCGCUCCUCUUCAACUACCAAUGGUUCGUAUUCUCUGCUGCAGUCUACGUGUUCGUUGACUAUCUGGCGCGGCGCGCCCGCCUGCCGAUGUGGACAGUCGCACUGUUCUCGCUUGGCAUGCAUUUCAGCUGCUUUGGACGGUGCCCGUGGCCAUUGAUGCGCCACCCUAUGAACAUCGGCCCGACCAAUCCAAUGGACGCGCAAGAGAUUGCGCACACUGUGCCCUCUCUGACCAAGUUCAGCUCGAUCUGGGUCUUCUACUCCUUGCCUCGAACCUUCCUGCCCACCAAUUUCCCGGCAGCCCUUCCCUUUGAGGCGAGCCUCCGCCGGAGGGCCGCGGCAGCAACCGCUGCCGCUGUUGCUGAUCCCGAUGCCGCGGGCUGCUCGCGCAGCGGCGGCCGCCUCCGCCGCUUCCUUGCGUCGCCCCGCAACGUCAGGCCGAUUUGGGCGGUCCUCGUUGUCCUCAUCACAACAUUGCACAUCAUGGCUCCGCCGUUCGGCCUGUUCGACUUUAGCCUCGACCGCUCGCCGAUCGUCAUGGCCUACGGCUGCAUGCGGCGCCAGGAUCGCGCGUUCCACAACACGACGCAUGCCUGUGGCGGCUCUAGCGGCGAGGAUCCAGUGUGGCGGCUUGGGACGGCUCUGCACGACGCGCUGCACAUCGUCCUGCUGUGCUGCGUGAUAGUCGGCUUCGGUACGUGCAUGCCUCGACGGCGCUCGUGGCUCAGCGCCGUCGGCAAUGACUCCCUGUGGUGCUACCUCUUGCACAUUCCGCUCACGCCGUUGGUGCAGUCCGCCACGGUCGUCGUGCUGCUCGACCUCGUCGAUCCGGAGCCCACCUCGCCUCUGCGCGGCCUCGCGUUCCUCGCGCUCGUGGUCUAUCUCCAGUUCCUCCUCUCACGCCGUCCCGAUAUUGCCAGCGUGUCGCGAUUCUUUCAGCCAAUCUUCCAGCUCUGGAGCUGGACGAGAGGGAUCCGCGCAGCAUCGCGGCGUCCAAGUUGGCAGCAGAUUGGAGCGGCGAUCGCCGCCCUUCUCUGUACGUCUCUUGCCGCCGCCAGUUGCAUCUUUGCCAUUGCGACCCGCACAGCGCCGGUAGCGCCGACGAUCCCCGGUCCGCCUGCCUUGCGAAUCGUGCAGCAGCAGCCUGGCGGCCUAGUCCCCGGCGCAGCGGGCCACGGCUGA